UGUCAGAGAGAAUCCCUGGAUGGCCUGGCCGCCUCAGGAGCUGCGCCGCUGGUUUUCGCUUCCCUGCAGAUACAGAUGAUUGAGUUUCUGGCUGGUGGCUGCCUUCAUGCUCACCGAAUGCUUGUUGAAGGCAGUGCUGUUCCUGGUGGUUGUAGAAAUGAUUCCUGUGUCCCCCUGCAAUAGUUUGGUGUCACUCUUACUCUGCUGUAGCACUUAUGUGAUCUCUGAUUUCAUUUUCUGUCUUGAUACUGAAGGCUUAUGAUGACUGUAAAUGACAGUUAUGAAAGAAACGUGCUGCUACCAGGAUAAUAGAUUGAUUUCUUCAUAUACACCAGUAGAACAGAUUAUUACUGCAUGUAGUGAAACGUGGGUAGUGUCACAAUUGGGAGAAUGGUAAAAUCCCUCUGGAACGCGUUGGCUAAUUUAAUGCGCUGUUUCUUAGGUGCAACUUUGUGGUUUUCAACAGUAGUUUUCAGCUUAGUUUCGCUUUUCUUUUUAGAAUAAGUGAAUUAUUCCGAUGCAUGGGUAAAAAUUUAUUGGUUUUCUCUGGGUUGUUCUGAGAACUCUGGUCCCUGUAUGUGAGCUUCAGUAAUUGCACAGAUCAAAAGGGAACCAUUACACCCAAAAGUACAAGAGUGAAAAUUAAAUGUUGGUCUUCUCUAAACUAGAUUCUCAUCUUUCAUGAAAUUGAGAAAAGAAAUCAAAAGUCAGAGUGUGAACUACAAAAAGGAAGAUACAUUUCUAUGAAUGGAUUAAGUAGCAAACGAGAUUUAGGGCAGUAAUACUUUACGGUUUCAUGGUCUGCCAGCUCUCAGAGACUUAAGCUCACUGCUGCUGAAAUGAAUGAGGUGUGUUUGGGUUCUCGUGACCUGUCUCUGCCCCCACCACCACUCUUUCCUCUUAUCUUGUGGCGGACUAGAAGAUAACAGUAAAACAAGUACCAGAAAUAAAUGCACUGAAGAGCACCGCUCUACAAGCUUUGCUUGUGGUUUCUUUAAACCACAGGAUGAAUGUGCUUCUUCUAACAGGUCUCUUUUUUCUCCCAUUUCUGUUCAUUGACAAAUGAUAUGCUAUAAUAAUUUUUAGGUGAUUUAAAUGGAGGAGUAAAGAAUAGUGGUCUUCCCUGAUUCAAUCUCUACCGUUUGCUAAUUUGGAGUCUAAAUAUAUAUGGGAACAUAUAUCUAUAUAGUCCCAACAUCUGAGUUUGGAGUAACACAUCUAUUUUAUUUUUUUAAUUUUAAUUCUCAUGUUGAGAAAUAUGCUGAGAAAUAUUUAUCAUGUAGAGAAAUAGCAUAAAGGAUUUAAUUUCUCAUGUUGAAAAAUGCAGAUGUAGUCAGUUCAAGUUAAACCUGAUGUAAAACAUAACUUAUUCCACUGUUCAUGACCCCAUUCAUGCAGAAGCAACAGGGUGCCUGUGUCUGAAACUGAGUUUAAAGAUUUUGGACUUACCUUAUUCUUCACAGAGGGGAUGUCAAGGAAAGUGAAGGGUCUUGCUGGGGAGCUUGCAUUAACUGAAGAGCAGCAUAACUGAAGUCAGGGAUCCUGCACAAUUGUGAAGAUAACUUUCUGAGUAAUUGGAUCACAGAGGAAGGGGAAGUUGUAUGUCUAUUCAAAAGCAGUAGUGAAUUAAAAUCCAAUUUAGCAUCUGUAAUGAUGCAUUUUUAAUUGUUUGCAUACUGAGACUUUUUCUGUAGAAGUGAACAGGAUGAAGUACACCAAGCCUCCUAAUCAAACAUAAAUAAGUGGAUUUGUUUAUAUGUGUUUCCAAGGCCUUGGAAGGGAGCUGAGCAGAGCAGAUAGCAUGAAGGUUAUUUUGUUCUGCAUAUAGGUAAAUAUGACUCUUUUAGUAUCAUAUUUUACCAUUACUUUUUUACAGUGGAAAACCAGUGGACUAGCAAACUAAAUAUUCUUGUGCCUCACUGACAUGCUUUUGCCCCAUAAAACCUGUCCCACUGACUCAAGUGAAGGUAUUUUCCAAGGGCAAGUUUUUGAUUUUAGAAAUUCUGAAAGUUUUGAAGACAAUAAUUCAUGCCAACCUGGCUGAAAACCAAGUGCCAAAUAACUAAGGAAACAAUUGAGAUAUGUCUCUCUGUCUUCUAGUAGAAUCUACAUUGACUUGGGUCCUCUAAGGUCCAUGGCUGUGUAGAUUGAGAUUUUAUACUAACAUUUUUUUCCAUGAAGAAAUGAUUCUUAUUUGAAGAGCAUAUUUAACUUGCAUCUCAAAAUUCUUUGACUUAGGUUAAAGAUGUAACAUUCCUUGAAAAACUAGAAAUAGAGAGUGUAUUUUAGACUUCAAGCCAAAUUGUUGUUGGUUUUCAGGCAGAUAAAAGGUUUUGAUUUUUUUUCAGAAGUUAAAUUUUAGCAAGGGCUUUUAGAGGAGGAAGAAUAUUUCAAGGUUUUUUUUUUUUUUGAAAAUGGUGUACUUUAGAGAUGUUCUUGUCAACCUGAUUUCACCAGCUGAAUGUAGCUCCAUUUAGCAGUGAGUCAUUAGGAAAACCUGAAAAAUAAGACAAUUAAAAAGGGUAUAUACUAUUUAACUUAAACUUUUUCCAGAUCUUUGCACUUCAGGGGAGGGGGUUACCAGUGCAAAUAAUUUGUCUACAAAUGGAACAGCUCAUGUGAAUUGGCAAUAUCUCCUGCCAGAACGUCAUGUUACACCACUUACUAAUAUUAUGCUGUUAUCAAUAUAGUUAAUUGCAUUUAAUUUCAGUACUUGGAACAAUGCAGCACAAUAAAUUGUGCUUAGAGGCUUUUUCCAACAUAAAUGAUUCUGUAAUUCUUUGCAGUCAGAUGGACUCAGCCCAGCUUUGACUUUACUAUGUUUAGAAAGUGUUGCAUAUGGUGUAAGAUGCUCCUUAACAAUAGUUUUUACAUCCCUGAAUUAACAAAUGAUGUUUUAAAAAUAAGUUAAAAUAAUGGUAGAAUAGUUCUACAUAGUUCUGGAAUCGUUCUAAUGCAAGUUCUGUAAGUGCUAGUGUCUGUACAGUUUACAUGCAGAUAUUUCUAAAACCUCAUGCUGCAGCUGUAAAUGUUAGCCAGAGUUUUAGCCCAAAAUAGGUAACUGGCCGAGCUGUAUUUGUAUGCAGUAACAAUUUAUUGGUAAAUUAGAGAGAUAAAGACAGUGAGGUGAGGAAAACACCCACUCAGAUACUCAUGCACACUUGUACCACCAUGCUGCUCAGGUAUUGUAUAGGUCAGCAAUUUCUGAAGACACAAAGUUUUGCAGCCAGGUGAGAAGAAGAGUUCUUCUUGGAACCAGUUUUCUUGAAUAAGGUGGAAAGAGCAGAAGGAGGGAGAGGAGACAAUGGGUCCUUAAGCCUGCAGAGACUACAGGCAGGGUGCUCUCAGUUCUGAUGAUCUUGUGAGUAUUCUGAAACAGUUUCAGUGUCCUUCCAUAAGAAGUUUGCAUUUCCAGGCAGCUCUUAGCUUUUGACUUCUUAAAAACAUUAAAAAGGAAGCAUCCAAAGCAAUGAAGCAAGAUGAAAAGAUGUAUUUCUGUUACAGUCAUUAUCUAGAGUAGCUUUACUUCUCAAGGAUCCUAGCAGCACUUAGCAGGUCGAUUUUAAUUUAAUCCUGCCUUUUCAGGAUGGACCGCUAAGAACUGCUUAGAUUUAGGCAAUGAACAUCCUGUUAGUUGUUUUUCAUUAGUGUUUUCAUUUUGAAGAGCAGGAUGGUGAAUAAAUGAAUAUGCCUCCUUACCCUUGGCAUCUGAAUUUUAAUACACGGAUAGUUUUAUUUACUACUUGUACAGAAGCCAGCAAGAAGCCAGGCAGGAGAUCUUUUGUAUUCCUUUCCCUCUGGGGAAGCUGGCCUUUGGGAGGAGAGAAUUUCUUACAAGCCCUGUGAAAACUAGUUGCUUGAAUGCAAAUGUUAAAAAUAAAAGUUUAAUGAAGAUAUGUUCACCAGUCAGAGUUGGAAUUCUGCAUCAUAGUGCACAGAAUUGAUGUGGUUUAUUUAUUUCCCCAACAUGUGUAUUAGUGGAUUAGUCUAGGGACAAAUGCCCAGUGGGGAGUGAGUGGUCUCUGUCCAAAGUCUUUGGCUGUCUGUUUUGGAGUCCUUAAUCACUUCAAGCAUAUUUUCUGGUUUUCUCUUGUUUCACAGUUCAUAUUGUUGAUACACUGCUUCAGAUAUAUAAUCUGCAUUUUUAUCCUUUUUGUUUAGAUUUAAAGUUUGUUUGUUUUGGUUUUUUUCUUCCUUAACAAGUAAUCUUCUGAAAAGGAGAAAUUUCAUUUAUAUGACUCUGGUAUAUGUUUAACACACAAUAUCUUCUCCCAAGUCUUUUUCCUUCUUGACUUCUGCUGAGCUCCCUUACCUUGAAAUAAAUUGUAAGUAAUUUUUAAAGCCUUGUUGUGAUAUAAAUGAAACUUUAAGCUUGCAGGUAACAAAGUAGGUGAUCAUAAUGGUUCCCUUAAUCUUUAAAAGAUAAUCAGGUCUGGCUGGAGAGUUUCUGUUAAGACUGAACCUAAAUAGUCUGUCAAGACUGAUUCUAAACAGAAUUUGGUUCUCCCACACAAAUCUACUUACAUGAAAGAAAUUUCUACGUAACUUUGUUUUUCCUUUUACAGGCCAGUGGGUGUAGGAUUCUUCUUUUUGUCUCUGCCUUUGCUACUCCCCUGAAAUUAUUUUCAUGACAUAUUCCUUUCAGACUAUGUUCUUGUGGUCCUUCACAGGAACUCCAGCCUGCCUCAGAUCUCUCCCUCCAGAGUUAAACUCCUCACACCCACUCCAUGGUGUACAAUCUCCUAAGAUGAAGAGUCAUGAGAGAUUGUGUACAUCAUGAGAGAAGUGAAUUCAGGCUGUGUGGAAGAGGCUUUGAUGAUGAUACAUUUCGUCAUAAGAUUUUCUAACUUGCACAUUUUUACUUGAAAAGCCAAAACUGGAGGAAUCAAUGUCCCCUUUUUUUCAUCCACUUGUGUCUAGGUGUCCAUAUGGUUAGGCCAAGGUUUAUAAUGCUUCCAUGAGAGCUUAAAGGUUGUCUUAGUCAUAAUUGAGAAAAACUAGAUAUUUUCUUGAGCACGCAACUUUGUAUCUCUGCUAGUUGUUUUAAGUGUGGGACCUGAAUUUUUAGUUGGAUGGUCAUAAAAGCUUUUUUAAAUGGCUAGAAGUAACACUCAAGUUCACUGAUCUAGUCAUAGUUCUCAGGAGUAAUCUCCUCUGCCAUUAUUUGCAGAUCUGUGUUUGCUCUGUUCUUCCAUGAUGACAGAACCACACUGCCUUUGCAGCCACGGGUUCAGUGCUCCACCUUCUUUAUCAUUGGGUGGGUUUUCAUGUCUAGCUUGUCUGACAUGUUUGCUUCUUGUGGAUUGUGUUAUAUGCAUAGGGAGCGUUUUUCUUCAAUCCUGUACCUAGAAAACUUCUAUGUACUUGAGCUUGGUUAUUGUGUUCUCUUUGGUCUUAGCAGUCCCAUUCCUCUGUCAUUCUCUGUAGGUCCUGCAUUUUUUUGAUUCUUCCUUGAUGGACUACUUGGGCUUAAUUAAAUUAAAUAAGCUAUAACUUCCCAGUUGAAAUGGAAGGGAUUCUACAACAGAAUUCAGUGUCUAACUGGAUGAAUACUUGUUCAAAAGCAGGGAAGAGCAAUCGGGAACAGAAUAACUUCCUUGUGGUGAUGCAUUUUAGCUUUAGGAGCUUUUCAGCACAAUGCUGAAUAACUCUGAUAACUAACUCUGACAUGAAGUUAUUUCUGAAGAUAUCCCUGUUCAUGUGUCAGGCAUGCUACACUGCAGCUGUGGGUUAUUUUGACAAAGAUCAUUUGGUUGUAGGAAAUAAAUAUUCCUUGUAGAAAAAGUAUGCAGUCUAUUGCUUAUUUUGUAGUAUUUGUAAGAUGUGUUCUCUCUAAUAACAGUGUUUUGGAUAAAUCCAAAGUGACCUUGGUAUUAGAUAAGCGUAUGAUAUUUAUCAGCUGAUGAUAUGUUUUGAAGUGUGCUGCAGAAAAUUUGUACCUGUAGAAACAUGCUAAGAAAAAUAUUUCAGUGAAACCUAAAGCCAGAAGAGAUAUGAGGGCAGGUAAAACAGCUGUCUAGGUUUUUAACUAUCACAGUUAGGGAGAACAGGGCUGUCACACAUCAUGACUUGUGAAAUCUAUGGCUCAACACUGUUCUGUACUUCUAGAGUUUGGUGAUUUGCAGUAGACCUUGUUGGAAAUGAUGAAAAUGCCUUUUGAAAUAUUAACAGUGAUCUGCCUUUUGCAGACCUGUCCAAAAUUUACCUCAUGAUUAAUGGACAGAAGCCUCGUGAAUCACACAUCCUUGUUUAGUAUUUGGAGCUAUGCUUGUUUGCAUCAGAUCAUGAUAGGACCUAUUUUGCAUAGUGAAAUGUGUUUGUAGCUAAAAGAAUGGAAAUCAAAGGUCUUAAUAGAAUUGAUUUUGUAAGCCAUUUAUUUUCUAAGGGAGAUGGAUAAGUGAAUGGAACUACCUAUGUUAUUUGAAACUGGCUUUGAGGUAAUUACUGAAUGCUGAUUCAGUAAUGUGGGACAAAUUGCAGUUUUAAUCUUUCAUGUUAUUACCAGCAUUUGCAACAUAUCAGGGCACUGUAGGAAUUAUAAUGAAUUCUAUCAGCUUUAGAAGCUGCCAUAAGGAUUAAGAAUUUUUGCAGAUGCUCUUAAUUUAAUUUUCUGCUGUAUUGAAGACACUCACUGUGUAGCAAGUUUUUAUGAUGUUUAUAAAAGGUGGGGCAACUUAUAAGAAGGUGAGGCUCUCAUGAUGCAUGUAAUUUCAUUUUGUGGUAAGGAAAUAUUUAGAGAGCAUGGUGAUGUUUGCUGAAUUGUACUGUUUGCUAACUGCAAACAACUUUAUCAAAGUUUUUUUUGUGCCUUUUGUUCCACUGUUUUUAAUCUGCUUUUGUAUUUCUGUUCUUUCACUUGCAAUGGGUUAUUUAUUCCUUGCAUAGUUUUUCUUUUAUCCUAAGGAAGUCUAAUGGAAUAUGCAGAGGCAGGCACUAGCAGCACUUAUUAUCUUGAUUAGCUUGGCCUGCUCCUGAAGUUGUGGCCUUCUGUGAGAUGGUUGAAAAAAAAAUUUAAAAAAACACUGAAAACCAUUUUGAUUCUCGGUCAGAUCUUGCCAAAACUGUCUUUAAGGUGUGCUUGACUCAUUGAUUUUUGGUGUUUUUAAGUUAGCAUCAUUGCUAAGUGGAAACCGAUGGUCUGGUUUAUUACCUCCUACGCUGGUGUCAGCCAGGAGUGAGCUGUAUUGAUGUAAUGGAGGUUCAGGUGUGUAAAAGCAGUAUGAAGGGAGAAUUUUAUCCAGACUAUUACACCAGUAUAGUUUGACUGUGGCUUUCCAUCUCACCCACUUUUGGGUGCCUAUAUACAGUGAGAGCAAAGAUUCAUCUGGCUCAUAUACUGUUUUUAAGACUGUUGUUGGAAACAUCAUGGAAGGAUUUAAGAAACAGGGCAAUUAUGGAGCAGUCUUUUCCUUUGUGUAUCUUCCCAGCUACUGAAUGUUGGUCAGAUUUUCUGAGCUAGAAAUUUUCUUCAUAAGAGAUUACAGCCAUUCAGGCAGCUGUAAUAGGCAAAACCCCCUUGUUAUGUGUGACCAGAAUUUCUUGUGACAGCAUUUUCUGGCCUUGUUAAUUAUCCAGGGCUGCUGGCAUGGUUGCUCUGGCAGGCUUUGGUGCCUCUUGGGGUGUAGAGUGUGGCUUACCCCAGCAGAGGUCUUGGGGUUUUAAGGCACCCCUGACACCUGUACAUUAAAAUUCAAGCAAGACCCAUUCUGAGGGAGGAGUUUCCUAAGGUGGCAUGAUACUGGGUGGGUUAGACAUCUCUUGGCCUCUCUGAGAGUGGUUUUUUUUCUCCUGAUUGUAAUGCUGUUUAGGAAGAUUCUGACAUUUUUGGCCAUGUAGCCAAAGUUAUUUCAGUUCUGGAACGUAUUUGAACAAGAGUCCAGGAAUGAUUGGUGUGAUAAAAGAGAGGAGAGAGGGAGGGAGAGGAAAAUUACCUAUGUUUGCAGAUUUUUUCACAUGAUUUCAGAGAGGCUGAAUGAUUUGCUCACCAAAACCUUAGUUUGUUUGAGGUCAAUGGCCUAUUUGCAGUAAAUUUACACUUGUGUGCAGUGUGGGAAGUCCAGCUGCCUGGCCCAUGGCUAUCAGAGAAAUCACUUUAUCAUGGGAAGCUGUGUGAGUUCUGUGAAGAUGAACACAUCUUAGAAGAUGCUGUGUUCCAAGAGUGCCAGGUUUGAACUUAAGCGUAGAGUAAAAAAGGCUGAAUUGCUCUAUGCAAUCAGAGCCUUUUCACCUUAAGAAGCUGCAUAGACAAGCCUAAGGACUUGUUUCCUCAGAUUCUACCUUCACAUCCAUGCAGUGCUGAGGUCUUUGCUCUGAAGGCAACCUAAGUUCUGUAUUUAAACAAUUUUGACUGGCCUUUGUGGAGCUGUUACAGAUUGUGCCAGUCAUACGGGAUCAGAAUCAGGCUAUAUUCUCUUAUAUUAGUCAAACACCUUAAAAAAUUAUUUGGUUAAACAUUUUCAGACAAAUUUUUGUCUACUUUAGGCAGACCUGCUUAAAUAAGAACUACAAAUUCAAGACAAAUAUUUGAAGUCAAGUUGUAGUGACUUUAAGUUACUCUUGCCUUUACCUGUAUUUCUUGUGUUUUCUUGUUCAUGUUGAUUGAUUGUCUGUAUUUCUUGUCAAACUGGCUGAUUUUGCUUUGAGAUUCCAUUUCAGAGCUGGUUUUGUCUUCUCCUUUCCUCAGACUCUUCCUUCCUUGUUCAUCAUCCCAUUUGCAAUGUCUUUAGUGCAGCCCAUCAAGGAUUUCAGAUCAAAAUUUAUGGGUAAAUGGGAUAGCAGCAUCCCAGGAUAUUCCUGAGCUGAAAUUGUAACCAUGGACAGAAUAAAAGGAGACUACACCAGUCCUGUGCAACCAGGAGAUGCAGAGAGGAGGAGCUCAGGAGCACAAGACCCAGAACUAACUGUGCUGGGAAAAGCACAAGAGUUCUUUCAGAUUUGUGAUCUGGAAGGCAAAGGCUUCGUCACUCGUCAGGACAUGCAGAGACUGCAUCCUGAGUUACCUCUUAGCCUGGAAGAACUUGAAAAAGUUUUUGUUACAUUGGAUGCUGAUGGCAACGGUUCACUUACCCCAAAGGAGUUCAUCACAGGAUUCAGCCAAUUUCUUUUGGAGCAGAUUGCUUUGAAAAAUGAUACGGUGCAACCAUCAGAAGGUGAAACAGCCUGCCCAGUUAGAUAUGAAGAGACCAUGACUGGGGAUGAGGAUGAAGAAUUCCAGUUCUCAAAUCUCAUGGAUCGGCUUGGAGCUGCAAAGGUUUUGGAUGAUGAGACUGAUGUGAAACAACUUUGGUUGCAGCUAAGAAAAGAGGAACCUCAUUUACUUUCCAAUUUUGAAGAGUUCCUGGUCAGAAUUUUUUCCCAGCUCCAAGAAGCAGAUAAUGAGAAGAAUGAGUUGGAAUGUGCACUAAAAAAGAAAAUUGCUGCUUAUGAUGAAGAAAUUCAACAUCUCUAUGAGGAAAUGGAACAGCAAAUCAAAAAGGAGAAAGAGCAGUUUCUCUUGAAAGACACAGAGAGGUUUCAGUCCUACAGUCAAGAGCUGGAGUGCAAGUUGCUGUCAAAAGAACAAGAACUGGAACAGUUGGUUCAAAAACAGAAAAGGUUAGAGCAUCAGUGUACACAACUCCUCAGUGGCAAAGAAGAAACCAAAGUAGAGAACACCAAGCUGAAGCUGACUAACCAGGAGCUGCUGAGAGACCUGGAGAGAACAUCCCAUGAACUAAGCCUGGCUCAACAACAUCUACAGGUGCUUCAGGAGGAGGCAUCAAGGCUCCAUGAGGAGAAGGAAAUGGAGGUGUACCGGGUGACAGAAACCUUACAGAGAGAGAAGUCAGGACUUUUGAAGCAGCUGGAUUUUUUAAGAGAGAGGAACAAACAUCUCAAGGAUGAACGUGACAUAUUUUUGCAGAAAUGCAAAACAACUGUUCCAAAAGCCAGCUGGAAGCAAAGAUCAGGAUCUAUCAUUGGGAAAUAUAUAGAGGGCAAGAUGCUGCCAAACAGCCAUUCAUUUGAAGAAGAUGAUAUUUUCAGUAACUCAAAGAGAAGGAAUUCUGCUGGACUGAAUGGAGUUCUCUCUGAAGACCCUGAUGCUGGAGUCACUGGAGGAAUGCCUAAAACAUCACAUCUCCAAAGAAUAAUAUCAAUUGAGGAAGACCACCUACCUCAGCUUCUUGACAGGCUGGUUGAUAAGCAGCUGAGCAGAUGGACUGGAGAAGAUGAAAAUACUUUUGAGACAGAAAUUAAUAACAAAGCCAGGGAACAAUCAAUGGAACACUCAUCAUCAUCUUCUAGAGAGCAGCCUGUAGGGAAGGAAACACUGUCAAAUGAGGAGAGAAUAAACUCUGUCCCAGAGCGCUUAUUCAAGAUCAUUUUUGUGGGCAAUUCGAGUGUUGGAAAGACUUCAUUCUUAAGAAGAUUUUGUGAAGAUCGUUUCUUCCCAGGCACAGCUGCUACUGUAGGUGUGGAUUACAACGUGAGGACUGUCACGGUAGAUCACACCCAGGUAGCACUGCAGCUCUGGGACACAGCUGGCCAGGAACGGUACCGAAGCAUUACCAAGCAGUUUUUCAGAAAAGCUGAUGGUGUCAUUGUGAUGUAUGAUAUAACAGCAAAAGACACAUUCACAGCUGUCAAGCAGUGGCUGAUAAGUAUUGAGGAGGCAACUGGGGAGAAUAUGCCUGUUCUUUUGCUGGGUAACAAAACCGAUAACGAAAAGGAGCGCGAGGUCCCGAUGGGAAUGGGAGACCAUCUUGCAAAGGAUUACAAUUUAAUUUUCUAUGAAUGCAGUGCAUAUUCUGGGUACAAUGUGGAAAAUUCUGUGCUUCACUUAGCUAGGAUUUUAAAAGAACAUGAAGACAAAGUGAAAGAGAAAACCAUCGAACUUCAAUCUGAUACAAACAAAAAGUCAUGCUGUAUGAAGCAAUAAAAUGCUGAGGCAUGUUUAAACAAGUCAUAUAUUUAUACAACACUACCUGGCACUAUCAGACUUGCUUUUAUCUUCCAAAUAUUUCUUCUGAUGUGUUCUGACUGUAGGUGUAAGUGAAAGUCAAAAUCUUGAUAUGACCUGAUCUUGCUUUUAUAAAUACUAUCUUUAGUUAAUUGACAGUUUAUUUGGGGCAUUAACAGUCUUUUAUUCUGUUUGAUGCCUAACACCACUGUAUCCUGCUUUGUCAUCAGGCUUGUAGAAGCUGCCACAUUAUUGAUAAGAAGAAAUAAUUUUAUAAGAAGAAAACUAUUUUGAAUAUGAAGUAAAUUCCUACUUGUGUGAAUAACCCAUCCUCUGAAUACUGCUUAUUUCAUUUCUGUUCAGACUCUUAGAUCCUGAUUUUGUGCUAAGCUCUCUCUACAAUUUUUUAAAAAUUUCCAUAGGUGUAGUUGUUUGUAGUUCAAAACAUGUUAAGGCUAACUGACCAGCUCUUUGUCUCCGAAAGCCUGUCACAGGAGGUGUCAUAGAAAAUUUUGGAGGUAGAAUUUUCAGAAACAGUGGAUCUCAUUUUCAGGAAUAGCAGCAUUUAAUGAGUAAAAAAUCUCACUGAAAUUCGGUGAGAUAUUACUCUUUUAGCAAUGCUAAGAAAAAAUGCCUCCUCAUGUAGCUAAACAUGUGACUGCUUUUUCAAAAGCUGCUGCCACACAACAUUCCUCCAGGGUCUGAUAGCACUGAGACAUAGUUUACCGAUGGGGAUGCAUUUUAGAAAAUCAUGGCCCACCGUGGAUCAUAAGAAACGCAGAUGUCAAUUAUCUUUGGAAGCUUUUGUGGAAUAUAAAUGGAAAUAAGAAACUUGAGAGUGCGUCACCCAGACACCACAUGAUCAGCAAUUAUUCCUGGUGAGGUAUGUCUUGACUGCAUCCAGCUAUUGUGGUAAGCAUUCAAGAGCAAGUAUUCACAAUGGUGAGCUUGUUGGGAAAGUGGAAGCCAUGGCAUAAUUUAUUUCAUUAAAAUAUACAUAAAAGAUGGUGGAUUUCAUUAUAUAAAACUGUUACCAACAUUAUGUUUUUAAUCAAUUUUCUAAAUGUUUUUAAAAAGUUAUUUUUCAUUUAACUAAUGAAUCAAUUUGAAACUAAAGAUGAAUGUUAAGCAUUAGCUUAGUAAGUAAAUCUGUUUUUGGAUAAAAA